AUGACGUCCCAUGGCGCUGUGCCUCGCCAGGGAGCCAACCCCUUCGUCUCACAGGCCGGUAGCUCGGAGCUCCAGGUCAUCCUCCACCCGCUCGUCCUCCUCACGAUUUCCGACUACAUAUCGCGACACACACUACGGGGGAAGACACAUCCCAUAGUAGGUGGCGUUCUUGGCCAACAGAAUGGCCGUGAAAUCACCAUUGAGCACGCCUUCGAGGUGAAGAUGGAGGAGGGGAACAACACCGUAGCGGAAGGCUGGUUCGCAAAACGACUAGAGCAGAUGAAGCUCGUACACAAAGACCGGCAGCUCGACCUCGUGGGCUGGUUCACCUUACUACCCUCUUCUGGCCCCAACGAGUCCAUACUCCCCGUCCACCGCUUCUUCCUCGCCAACUACAAUGAAUCCGCCAUCCUUCUCGCCUUCCACCCUGAUCAGGUUCUCAAUCAUUCCGCGGGCGGCAAGCUACCCCUCACAAUCUACGAAUCCAAUCUCGAAGUCGAGGGCGGCAAGCCGACCAAUGACGAGGACAAGCGCAUGGAUGACGGGGAAUCGGGUCUGCAGUUGCGGUUCCGAGAACUGCCCUACUCAGUCGAGACGGAGGAGACGGAGAUGAUUGGGAUGAAUUACGUCGCGUCCGGGAGCGCAAAUGCUUCUGCAGUAACAAGCAAAGAGAAAGAGCCCGCGCGGUCGGUGGAGAGCAACGGCAAAGGGAAACGUCGUCUCAUAGAGAGUGAGGAACCCGAGAUUCAGGCUGAGGAAGGGACACAGGCGUCAGAAGACACAUUGAACAAGGAGGAAGAGGAGAUGGUGGCAGCACUAACAACAAAGGCCAACGCGAUCAAGAUGCUGCAGUCGCGCAUUGAUCUCAUGACGGCAUACCUGGAGCGUCUGCCGCCCGCUUUCAAGAACGGCAAUAGCAACCCAGGCGACGAGGACGCAGACAUGGAUUCAGACAACACAGUGCCCUCGCUCACAGUCCUGCGCCAGAUCCAGGCAUUGGUGUCGCGGCUCGACUUGAUCAUUCCCUCGGACAAGGAAGCCUUUGACAAGGAGAUUUUACAAGAAACAAACGAUGUGCAGCUGGUCCAACUGCUCAAUACCAUCAUGCAGAGCACUGAAAAGGCGCGCGAGGUAGGCAAAACAUUUGGUAUCGUGCAGCAGGGCAAGAUUCGGAGCCACCAGCAUGGAUAUGACCCCUCGGCGGGGAUGAGUUCCGUCAUGGAUAUGUUGACAUGA